AUGUCUGCCACCCCGUCGGAGUCUCCAGCUGACACCACCCAGGUGUCAACAGAGGCAGCUACUCCGGCCUCUACGCAGCCCACAGAACAAGAGAAAUCAGCGCCUGAGUCCCCUGCUCCCAAGGAGAUAGUUGAAGCAACCCUUGAUCUCCCACGGUCGUCCGCCGAUGGAAUCAUCCAGAAGCCCUUCCUCCGUCCAAUCGACACAGCCAAGCCACUCCCACCCGCUCAACUAACCCCUGACCAGCAAACCAAGUACGAAACCGUUCUCGCAGCCGUCUCCCAAUGGACCACCGUUCCAACUACAGCCGCCAAGAAUGCCCCUACCGCCCCGAUUACAGACGAUGAGCGCAUGUUCUUGACGCGCGAGUGUCUGCUCCGGUACCUGCGCGCAUCGAAGUGGAACGUCGCCGAGGCGACUGCGCGACUCCAGCGCACGCUCACCUGGCGUCGCGAAUACGGGGUUGAGAAGCUUACGCCGGAAUAUAUCUCGAUUGAGAACGAGACGGGCAAGCAGGUGAUUCUGGGCUACGAUAUCCAUGCUCGGCCGUGUCUGUAUCUUUUGCCGUCCAAGCAAAAUACGGAGAAGAGCGAGCGCCAAGUCCAGCAUUUGGUGUAUAUGUUGGAGCGAUUGAUCGAUAUCCUGGGUCCAGAUCAGGAGACAAUUGCGCUGAUUGCGAAUUUCAAUGAGACCAAGUCGGGCCAGAAUGCCAGUAUCGGUCAGGCAAAGGAGACUUUGAACUUCCUUCAGAACCAUUAUCCCGAGAGAUUAGGUCGGGCUUUGGUUAUCAAUAUGCCUUUCCUCAUUCUCGGCUUCUUCAAAUUGAUCACGCCGUUCAUUGACCCGUUGACUCGGGAGAAACUCAAGUUUAACGAUAACCUUACCAAGCAUGUCCCUCCGACCCAGUUGAUGAAAUCUGUGGGUGGCGAGGUCGACUUCCAAUACGACCAUUCGAUCUACUGGCCUGCGUUGACCAAACUCUCUGAGGAGCGACGAAGAACCUACAAACUGCGGUGGAUUGAAGGUGGAAAGCGUAUCGGAGAAUAUGAGAACUACCUCAAGACCGGUACUAGCCCGAACCUGUCCCAGAGGGAGAGCAAGCCCAACUGA